AUGGUUGGGAAAAUUUUGUUCUAUAUACAUUUUGGACUUGUCUUCCACGUUGUGAUUUGUUUUAAGGAUACUGUUGAAGUGCCACGUUUUGAAGACAGUUUAAACAAUUUGACGGUUUCACUAGGCAGGGAGGCAGUUUUUACGUGCGUCGUCAAUGAUCUUGGAUCUUACAGAGUGGCGUGGCUACGCGUGGACACGCAGACGAUCCUGACAAUUGCAACGCACGUGAUCACGAAGAAUCAUCGCAUUGCGGUGAACCAUAGCGACAGGCGAGUGUGGUUUCUGCACAUUCAUGACGUGCGUCAGUCAGACCGUGGUUGGUACAUGUGCCAACUCAACACUGAUCCAAUGAAGAGUCAGACUGCAUAUUUAGACGUUGUAGUACCCCCUGAUAUAUUGGAUUACCCAACGAGUAGCGACCAAGUAGCGCGAGAAGGCGCUAACGUAACGCUCCGAUGCGCGGCUCACGGGGUGCCGACACCAAGCGUCGUCUGGAGAAAGGAAGCCGGAGAUUUGUUACCGACAUCAAACUUCAGCGAUACACAUAACUCGUCGGUGAACGGUGCCGUACUGCACUUAGUGAAGGUGUCACGACUGCACAUGGGGGCGUACCUCUGCAUCGCGAGCAACGGAGUGCCGCCUUCCGUCAGCAAGCGAGUCAUGCUUGUCGUUCAUUUUCCACCAAUUAUGACAAUACAAAACCAGUUAGUGGGAGCAAAUGAAGGCGACACGAUACAUUUGGACUGUCACUCAGAAGCUUUCCCGAGAUCCAUUAAUUACUGGACGAUAAAUGAACAAAUUAUAUCGCAGACUGACAAAAGGUUCGAAGUGACUGCUAUUGAAAGAGGUUACGAAGUUGACAUGAGGUUAAAAAUAAAAAAAGUAGGACGAAGUACAUUCGGUACAUACAGUUGCAUAUCAAAAAACUCACUAGGAGACACUGAUGGGACUAUAAAAUUGUAUCCUCUCUCUGGUAAAUUCGAAGAGAUGCAAUACAACGAAGUGGGGGACUUCGAAGAAACGCCUGACGUCAGUGAGCUCGAGGCGUUGAAACGGAGCACGGCUACGGCAAUCACGCCAAUUGUCACGUCUCUACUCGCUCCACUACUUACCAUUAUUACCAUAUUAUUAUAAAGCUACUUUGUAUAUACAAAAUAUAUUGUUACAGUAAUCUUUU